AUGUGCUCCUUGGUUAGAACCCCUAAGGGGUCCAAUUGGGUUGGACUUACGUCAGCUAAAAAAGAUAUACAACCUUGGCAAGAACGUUGUUCCGCAGAAUAUAUGACCCAUGGUAUUUUAGGUUGUUUAAAUUCUGUGGGUGGCGUAGCUACCGAGAUCAAUGUAGUCAAUUAUGUCUCUCCUAGAAGUUGGUUAGCUGCUUCUCAUUUUGUUCUAGGAUUCUUCUUCUUCAUAGGGAAUUUGUGGCACACAGGAAGAGCUUGUGCAGCUGUAGCAGGAUUUGAAAAAGGAAUUAUCAGUCGUUCCCCUCUUUAUCUAAAAACCAAAUCUUUGCCGAUCUGCAAAAUUGGAAUAGACUACAAAAUCGAUCUUGAGUUCUACAAAAAUCGAUUGCCAUCGCCAUCUCCGAUCGCCAUCAACAAUUACUCAUCGACGUUAUCUGCCUGCCAUGUCUACUCCGUCGCUCGUCGCUCCCUUCCGAUGUCCACACCUCCGACCGAUCCCAUCAGGUGA